AUGUUGGACAUCGUUGGCCAAAUCUAUCGACUCCUCGUUGGCCAAAUCCAUCGGCUCCUCGAUGCUAUUCUUUGUUUCCUAAAUCUACUGCAGAAGCGUGAAAUUGGCUGGCUGACAGUUGAUCGGAAGAGCGGAACAUACAAGCGUGAGCAACAACCUAUAAAGAAAAAGCUCAAGCUCCUCUUGUUAUUCAAUCCCGUCACGGAGUGGAUUGAUCGGACUCGUCUUCUGCGUUUUUGGACGCAUGAGGAAAGCAUCAGCGCAGGGCGCCGGGAAGGCGAAUUAAAGUCUCAUAGGCAGAUCAAAGGCUUUAUCGACUUUUAUGGCAUUGAUAUGUCUCAGUUCGAGCCCUCUGAUCCGGAAAAUUACAUUACGUUUGAAGACUUUUUUGUUCGGAAGCAUCGCCCAAAUGCAAGACCGAUAUAUGCCGCAAAUGAUCCAUCCAAAGCUGUCGUUGUGGCUGACUGUCGAGUUGUUGUAUACCCAACUGUGGACGAGACUAAAGCCCUGUGGGUGAAAGGCAACGAAUUCACGAUCGCGAACCUUAUCAAAGAUGAUCAGCUUGCAGUAACAUGGGAAAAUGGCGCCGUUGCAAGCUUCCGCCUUAGUCCGCAAGACUAUCACCGGUACCACUCACCGGUUGAGGGAAAUGUAAAGUGGCAUAAGCACAUCUCGGGAGACUAUUUUCAAGUCGACCCGGUUGCUUUGCACAGUUCGGUCAACAUUUUGACGGAAAAUGCCAGGUCUUGUGUCUGCAUCGAAAGUGAAUGCUUCGGCGAUGUUCUCUUUGUAGCCAUUGGUGCUACAGAUGUAGGGACAGUGAGAUUAUAA